UUAUCGAAAGUUCGAAUCAUGUAGGUGGCGAAUAUGUCCCAAAUGACGUAACGCGACAUUCAUGUUAUCAUUAUUUCCAGGAAAUACAGCUGUAUCUCAUCUAGGUCGUCUGUGAAUGGUGGAUAGUUAAUUCAACGUGACUUCGGUUCACCCCAGUGACCUCAUGAAUAAUUCAUAGAAUUUAGAAGGAGGCUUUAGUGUGUCGGUUUGUGUAGGGUUGAAAAUGUCGGAUAGAGAGAGUGGUGACGAGCAACAAGCUCAGGGCAAAGACGAGACCGCUGGUUCAAAGCACGAAGAUGAAAAUGAGGUGAUUUUGCAAAAUUCUGUAAGCCAGGAAUCAUGCAAUUUGUCUGGGGAACAAGAGUUGGCUACCAGAACUCUGACCAUACAAUCAAAACGUUUCUACCUUGAUGUGAAACAAAACAGACGUGGACGCUUCAUCAAAAUUGCUGAGGUUGGAGCAGGGGGGAAGAAAAGUCGCCUCCUUCUGGCCAUGUCCUCAGCAGCAGAAUUCAGAGACCACCUCACAGAGUUUAGUGAUCAUUAUUCCUCUUUAGGUCCUCCAAAUCCAGACAACUUACCAGAGGACGGUAAACUAAAGAGUGAGAUGAUGACAAAAGACAACAAGAGAUAUUACCUUGACCUCAAAGAAAAUCAAAGAGGAAGGUUUCUUAGGGUAGCGCAGACGGUACAGAGGGGAGGACCAAGGUCACAGAUUGCUAUCCCAGCACAGGGACUGAUCGAGUUCCGUGAUGCUCUAACUGAUCUCCUUGAUGAAUUCGGAACUGAUGAUCAUGAAGGACAAAGUGACCUUCCAGAGAGUAAAUACCUGAGAGUUGAGAACAAAGUGUUCUAUUUUGAUGUCGGAUCAAACAGACGAGGGGUGUAUUUGCGUGUCUCAGAGGUUCGUUCUAAUUAUCGGACAUCGAUCACCAUUCCAGAGCGAUCAUGGGGUAGAUUUCGCGAUAUGUUGUCAGAGUUUGCAGACAGGGGACAUGACGGCGGCCAGUAAGGUAGCCCAAAUCUCUAGACCAGCGGGAAUGUGCUUCUUGAAGGGAUCAGUCAUUGUGUAAAAGGAGAAGUCAUUGAUUUUGUUUCAUUAUUAUUGUACAAUGGAUUGCUCUGGUCCUUGGGGCUGUGUUUUUGACGGAACGAUUUAACUAAAAAAAUGGGUUCAAGAUUCUACAUUGGGACUGCUUUGAAGAUGUGAUUAUUUAUAUUUUUCCAGAAGGAUCAGAAUUGGACACGUUAAUGAAACAAAAAAAAAGUUGUUGAAUGAAAAGACAAAAAGCUUUACAGUAUACGCGCAUGUACAAAAAAAAUGAAAAAGGCAGACUUAAGUUAUAAGGAUUACAGUGUUAAAUUUCUCAGUGCGUCUACAGGGUUGAAUGAUUAGAAAUUACUUAGGGAGAGACUUAAAUGAAACAGUAGUUUGAUUAUAAUCUUUAGAAAUAAAGAAACUAUACCAAAAAAAAUAUAUAUGUAAAAAAAAACGAAAAUGUAUUCGCUGCAUGUAAACAUUUUAGUAACAACACAUUAUCUCAUUUUUUACCAUAGUCAAAAGCAAUUCAUAUAUCAUCGUAUAUCAUUUCAUUGAAUUUAUUCAUCAAGCACAAUUCCCGAGGUUGGAAUUUGGCCGAGCGUCUUUACUGAUGUAAAUGUAUAUUAACUUGAAAAAAGCGGGAACGAGGGAUUCUCUUUUAAAAAUACGAUGAUACGGUAUGGUUUAGAUGUAGUGACUAUGUAAUUCUGUACAGAUGUAGGAACUGUAAGCUUUUUUCUGGGCACUGGUUUGCACGGGGGCACGUGAAUGUUUUGAAAGUAAAUGUGUGCAGGUUUGGUCAACUGAAGAACUCGUCUUACUACAUGUAGCGUCUACACUUACCACACGAGCUCUGUCGUAUUAUAAACAUAAAGAAAUGAGAUACAGAUGAAGUAGAACUUAAAGAUAAGUUGGACGAAUUUCUAUAAUGAAAAACGACGAGGAUUUCUAAAAGCUUAUGAGGUCGUUUUGAUCAUGAUAAUUGUUUGAAUGGUAACGAGAGCAAAGAACAAAAUGCGAAAAAAAUAUUUCUGUGGUUGUGAUUCGAGACUCGUGAAUCGAGGACGUGUACGGAGAAGGACGUGAACAUAUUUUAAAACAUACUGGAGUGAUUCAGUUGAUGAUAACUGCACUGUAUGCUGGUUGAAUGACGAUCCUUUGUUAGAUGUUAUUGACUUUUUCAAUGUUAAAGUUGAAGUUUUUAGUGACUAGUUAAGUAUAUAAAUUUGUGUACAGUGAUAGAAGGUUUGAGCAAUUAUUUUUAAAGAAUAAAACAAAAAAAUCGUAUAUUUUACAGAUUUGUUUUAACGUUUAAAGAAAAAAGGAAACUAAAUGGAUAUUUGUGCAAUUUUAACAUACUAGAUCGAGUCAGUUUAAUUCUGUCCAUCAAAAUUAUGUUCUGAUUUGGUUUCUUUUCAUUUUCCAAAAAUGAAACCGAAAGUUUAGUCAGGAAAAUAAUAUAACGUAAAAUUAAGAAGCAUGCUUAUUAAAAGCCUGUAUUAUUUCAUUGUAAUUCAAUAUAUUGCUGUGACAAACAAUUUACUUACGAAAAUGGCAUAUAGCUUAGAAUGAAAAUGUAAAAUGUAUCGAAAUAUAAACAAAGAUAAAUGGGGCGAGUGGGGGCGGGGAAUAGUUUUCAGGAAAGUUUUAUUUUUAGCGUAUUACAUAUCAUUAUGGAAUCCCCUGUGAUUCCUAGGAAGUAUUUUCAUUUCUGUGGUAAAAAAGCUAUAUACACUUGUUCGUUAUUACCCGCAGGUAAACAAUCUGGAGUAAGAUCUAGUCAUUAAAUCAGAUUGAAGAUUCGUCGACAUCUUUUUCAUUCACCAGUCAGACCAUAAUCUCCUUAUAUCCAUUCACAAUUCGUUAUCUGUGACGUGUACUCAUUUACAUAUGUUAAUAAUUGUUUAAAUUUUAGUUAACGAAAAGGUUCCCUUUUCUUUAAAAAAGUUGCCCUCUUUUUGCCGUAGUUAUUCAUUUAUUCCUUUCAAGGCUAUUUAAUACAGGGAGAUGAACUUUUUCAUGUGAGCAUACUAUACACAUAUUAGGGCUGUACUUAUGUGAUAAUAUAAUAAUGCACAUCAGAACAUGUGUAAGGUCUUCCCACAGCGGUCAGACUUUAAAAGACGGCAUAUUACACUGAAGGUGUGACUUUAAACCAAACAAAAAAAUAUGCAAAAAUAGCCAUGUGUAUAAUUUAAGGACUGGGAAAUAUACCCGAUGCCAUGUUAGUAAUUCAGCAUGGUUUGGAUAACAAAAGGUGUAGGCACAUUUGAAAAUAUGUUAAAAAAUGAGCCUUUAAUCAAAUUACUGUAAGAUAUUAUCAUUAUUAUUAAAACAUGUGCAUAAUAGAUCUAAAAUACGGGAAUUCUAUUCAUAUAGUUGUAGCCAUUUUCUAAGAGAAGAGAAUCACCUUCAGUCUUCUUUCAUUUUCAUUACUUAAUUCAUCAAUGGUAAUAUUAGUUCAUUAAAGCAGAAUGCCUCCAAAUUUAUGCUAAUUUUCGUGAAUUUUUUUUAAAAAUGUAUUGUGAAGUAAAAUGCUGUCAAGUGACUGACCAAAGAAACACUUAAAAAUUGGCUCUUGAAGUAUACCAAAAUUACAAAAAUCAGAAUAUGCAAAAAUAGCCCUUUAUUGUGUUAGUUGCGCAGUGGAAAUAUCAUGAUAUAUACUGCAAAAUCAGAUUAUUUAACUGCAUGUAACAUGUAAAUUAUGGAAUUGUGAAUGUUUUUACUUUUAUUGAAAUCUUAGUGCAUUUUUCUCAAGUUUGUUUUUCUCGAAAUAUUCUAGCUUGUCUGGAGGCAUGAAGCUUUAAUUCCCUAUAAUGGUUAAUAUUUUUUCAAAUCUCCAAGUCCGAAACAAAGAAAUAAGAAAGAAAAAAAAACCCAUAAAAAUAGAAGAGAAAAAACAGAAACCAGAUUUUAGCAUAUAUUUUGAUGGAAUUGGACAAAACAUAUGUAAUAUUACUGCACAUUAUGACAGCAUUCCUAUAGUAAAACUUUAUUGUAACAUCUCCCUUACAAAGAAAAUCUAGGGGAACAUAAAUAAACUGUUAAUGACAAAUGGAAAAUUUAAAACAAAAAGAUUGUUCUUUAUCUUGAUUUUUUUUAUUUUUGGACCAGUUUCCACUGUCAAAAGCACAUAACUGUGUAUAUUAUUAACGAGACAAUUACAUAAUAUAGAAGUUUAAAAAAAAAAAACUAGUUAAAUUGUCCAAUUGUUAUUUACAGUUGAAUACACUAGUACAUUAAUUGAAAAUUGUACACUUUUUAACUUAAGAACUUGUUUGCAACUCAACUAUUAUUGUACAUGUCAUUGUUAUGAUUUUGUUGUUUGUUAAUUUCUUGUUAUAGAAAGUUUACAGACAAAUCCUCUGUUAAAAAUGCUCUUUAAAUGUACUUAAUUUCACUCUGGUUAUAUGAAAUAAAAAUGAAUUCAACCGUUCAUGGCUUGAGUGGUUAUAUGAAAUAAAAAUAAAUUCAGCUGUUUAUGGCUUGUGUGGUUAUAUGAAAUAAAAAUAAAUACAGCCGUUCAUGGGAUGUGUGGUUAUAUGAAAUAAAAUAAAUUCAGCUGUUUAUGGCUUGUGGUUAUAUGAAAUAAAAUGAAUUCAGCCGUUCAUGACUUGAGUGGUUAUAUGAAAUAAAAUGAAUUCAGCCGUUCAUGGCUCAAGUUGAUAAUAUAGGCUUUAGAUACUUAACAGAAAGGGCUGUUUUAUGUAAAAUACAUAUGAGCAGCGUCAUGACAAAACCAAUAUAGUGUGUUUGCCACCAGCAUGGAUCCAGACCAGCCUGCGCAUCCGCGCAGUCUGAUCAGGAUCCAUGCUGUUAGCUUACAAACCCUAGAGAAACUGAUAGCGAACAGCAUGGAUCCUGAUCAAGCUGGUCUGGAUCCAUGCUUGUCACAAACGCACUAUGUUGGUUUUGUCGUGAGGCGGCUCAUAUACUUUUGCAUUACUUAAAUAUACUUGAGAAUUCUUUGACUAGUAUACAUAUUAAAAGUUCAUAAGGCCAAUUUUUGUGAAACAAUUCCUGAAUAACUGAAAGCUAGCAUUUGAAGAUUUAAACUCGAUUAAGCUGCAUAACAGUUACUUAAUUAUAUAAAAGAAGCAGAAAGCAUUUUUUUUAAGGAAAAAAUAAAGUAAAACAAUAUGUUUUUUUGGUUGAUUGUUUUAAUGGGUAGAUUUCACAGAGGAAUUUUUUGUAGACCACCUGUUAAACUAAAACAUACUCAUUAUUCAGCAAUGUUAAAAUAGAGUCAUUUCAUACUGUUUACUAAGACAUUAUUUUAUAAUAUUUCUCUCAUAAAACUGAAGAAUGAAAAUAAACAGAAAUAUCAUGCUCUUGCUUCUUAGAAUUUCAAAUAUUUUUUUUCCUGCCCAAAUUAAAACUGUAUUUUGCUUAUUUAGUGUAAAACAAAACUGAUUUAUUUUUUUAACACAAGCCCACCAUUAUGCCUCUAGCGUACACAUUAAUGUUCUGUGAACUAACAUGAAAAGUUGGACAUGACUGUGUUAGAAUGGGUUCAUAUAUAUAUAUACAUAGUUAUAUCAGAUUUAACAAUUUUGUCAGGUUAUAUGACCCAAUAUAAACAUAAGUUUAUAUGAAAGCAAAUGAUUAUAUAUAGCAAACAACACUACACAGCUUGUCAACAGUCAUAUAACCUGUCUGUUUGUACAAGGUUAUAUAACCUGUCAAAAUCUUUACAUGGUCAUAUCCUGUCCAACGUCUUUGGUUAUAUAACCUGUCCAAAGUCUUUGUGCAUGGUCAUGUAGCCUGUCCAAAGUAUUUGUACAUGGUCAUAUAACCUGUCAAAAGGUUUUGUGCAUGGUCAUAUAACCUAUCCAAUGUCUUCACACAUGGUCAAAUAACAUGUCCAAUGUCUUCACACAUGUACAUAUAACCUGUCAAAUGUCUUUGUAUAAGGUCAUAUAACAUGUCAAAAGUCUUUAAUAAUACUUCCUUUGACUGAAACGCAAAAAAAUAUAAUUUUGCUGUAGAUAUGUAUAUAUAUAUAUAAAGAUAAUAUAUACUGCCCAAUUGUCCAAUCAAAAUCUAUGAUAAAAACCUUUGGUGUUAUAUGGAAGUACAUACAUAAUAUAUACCUGUGUAUAUAUAUAUAUAUACUCAAGGCAGACUUAAACUUGUGAAUAAAGAAACAUAAUGUCUUCCAUCUGCUGGUUUGCAAUCAUUAAUCUACAGAUAAAAUGCUUGCUUAUAUCUAUAGCAAUCUGGCCGAAGACAGGCAUAAAUGAGCCGCGUCACGACAAAACCAACAUAGUGCGUUUGCGACCAGCAUAGAUCCAGAUCAGCCUGCACUUCGCACAGUCUGAUAAGGAUCCAUGCUGUUCGCUUACCAACUCUAUUAUAAGUAGAGAAACUGAUAGCUAACAGCAUGGAUCCUGAUCUGGAUCCAUGCUGGUCGCAAACGCACUAUGUUGGUUUUGUCGUGACGUGGCUCAAAUGUAGAUACUCCCAAAAUAGGUUGGUAUUAAUGCAAUUUCUAAAAACAUGUGAUUAAAUCUUUACCUUAUUUGUAAAAUUGGAUUUGCCCUGCUUUUGAAUUUGGAACAGUCCAUUUACAGUUUAAGGAACUUCAGAUACAGGAAACAAAAAUUUAGCUACCAACAGUAAAGAGCCUGGUUAGAAUGCAGGGAUGUGCAGACUGGCCUGGGUCUAUACUGGUGUCAAAGGUCAAUUAUUUUAUCUUCCAGUAGGUUAAGGGGUCAUGUAACUGUCAAUUUGUAAAUGAUCAAUGUUUAUAGAUAUACUUUUGCUAACUAAUUAGUAAUUAAACAAACUGAAAAAAACUGAAAAUUAUGCUUGAACUAUAAAGAUACUUUAUUAAAAUUCAGGUCAAUAUUUCUGGCAAAGAUUCAAUUUCACGAUGUAGGUCGGUUAAUUUUAACAGUUCUUUGGGCAGUUUUCAUUUUCGGUUUACAUUCUCAAUGAUAGUUCAUAUGUUUUGUUUUUUUCGUUUAUUUUAUCUUGAUGAAGUUUGGUUCAGUCACUUGAACAGGGCCUCGGCUUAAAGUGCUAGAUUUUAUUGUAUUAACGCUAUGACUUGUUUGAUUCAAUUAUAUUUUUUUUACAAUUUUUUUUUUUUUUCGGUAUUUUGUAAUUGUUGCAAUAUAUGGAUAUAUUUGUAUUUCUUGGUAAAAAUACCUUCACAGUCUCGGAUGGAGACUUUAUUCUUUUCUUUUCUUCUCUUUUUUGUUGAGUAAGUCUUGUUUAUUUGUUAAUCUGUUUGCUAUUAAUUUGUGUCUUUGAAGAAAUUCUAUUUAGUUUAAGCAUUAUAUUGCUGUGUGUAAUACAGAACAACUUGUAACAAACAUUUUCAAAACAUGUUUAAACAUCUGUUAUUUUAAUAUGCUAUGCUUUGGAUAUGAAACUCCAUCUAUAAUCUUUUUUUUUUCAAAAUUAUCCAUUAUGAUUAGUCGGAUAUAAUUUUUUCAGUUCAAGAGGCAGCCAAUCAGAUGCUUUUGUUUAGACUGAUUAUCACAUUUAUUCAUUUUGCCAUUACUUUGAUGUAGACUGGGCUUUACUUUUCAUGUUAAAGGGAAACAACUUUGCAAAGCUUGUUUUUAAUAUCCUUCAUACAAAUUGUAGAGUAAAGAUUUGAAAACUGAUUUGAGAGUAUGGUAAGAUGAUUAUAUUAGGAAUUUAUUAUACGUUAUUAUUUCAUGUAGACUUAAAUAUAAAGUGUCCAUUCCUGGGACAAGUUUUUAAUGUAAAUUCAUAUGAAAAAAAAACCAUCAAAUGAAUGUAAGAUUACUCCUGUUAUAAAUUAUAUAGUAAAAAAAUGUAAACAAUGGCAGUAUCACAGUUGCACGCACCUUUUUUUAUAACGUAACGCAUUAACUAUGCAUACGGUUGAUAAAAGUCAUCAUGUUUCAUAUAAGAUAUGUAUAGUAUGAAGAAAAUGAGCCGCGUCACGACAAAACCAACAUAAUGGGUUUGCGACCAGCAUGGAUCCAGACCAGUCUGCGCAACCGCGCAGUCUGAUCAGGAUCCAUGCUGUUCGCUUACAAACCGUUUAACAUGUAGAGAAACUGAUAGCGAACAGCAUGGAUCCUGAUCAGACUGCGCGGAUGCGCAGGCUGGUCUGGAUCCAUGCUGGUCGCAAACCCAUUAUGUUGGUUUUGUCGUGACGCGGCUCAAAUGUUUUAGUGUUCUGUUAUAUUGAAAACUCAAGCAAUUCCAGUAAUAUUAUAUACAGAAACGUUACGCUGUAAACUAAAUAGAGUUUAUUUUUGGUUCUAGAUAGAAGCUGCUUUUCAACUGAAUAGGACAAAAAAUGUACUUAACAUUGACCUAUGACCUUGUCAAUAUAUCUUUAUAAAUUAUUGUGGAUUUGUUUGGCUACCAUUUUCAGCCAUUUUCAGACAGAAAUCACUUACAAAAGCGUAUGAGUAAUCAGUCUUUAGAUCGAAGGUAAAAGUAUAAUAAUGUUAAGUACAUCUGAUUGUUUUGAUGAUUUUACAGCAUGUGUAAAGAUAUGUACUGAAACAGUAAAGAUUAUGCAUUGAAAUAAGAAUCCUCAGUGAAUGGUUGGAUUUUAAAUUGAAAGACUUUGUAUUCAAUGUACUAAGUGAUGCCAUGCUGCAGAUUUGACUGUAUUUGGUUAAUAUUUUGAAGCAAACAUUAAUUUAAAGACUGUUGCCUGUGAACUUUUCUUUCCUGAUGUCUACCAACAAAAAUUGUAUUAAAAAAUAUUUUACAUGCUUCAUGAUCUAAACUAUUUGCAUGUUGUUUUAAUAACAAGAUAUUUUUGUACUAGAACAAUAUUUGGUUGAAAUUUUAUAGAUUUCUUGUUCAUUCAUAGACAUUAUUAUCAGAAUGUACUCUUCUCUCUUUUGAUGUCCAUCAACAAUCCAUAUAAGUUAGAUGAUUAAAAACUUAAACCUUU